CUAAGCACGCGCAGGUUGGUCAGUAAUGCAGCUCUCACGGGCAACAGACCGUAGUCUGGGAUACGUGGAAACACGCGAGAAACCGGAGACGGGCUGAGUAACGUAACGGUGUCGGAUAUGACAACGGACCGGAGUAUGAGAGGACAGGAGCGCGAGACUCGGAGAGAACAGUAAAACACGCGCAUCUCCCCGUCCUGCCUCACCGGAGACAUACAGCUCUGCAGACAACGGCAGGAACAGAUGGCACGAGCUUCAACGGCGUGGUCCCGCGAUCCAAGAAGGAGCGGAUUUAGCUGAUGGUGCAUCUUCAACAGACACACACACACACACACACACACACACUUCACCCCCCGCCCGCCGUCUCCUGCGGUAGCUAGGAGGAACUAGCAGGAAACGCUCCGCAGUCAAGAUAUUGUGAAGGUGACCUUGACCCUGAAAGGUGAAAGGUCAUCAUGUUCUAUGGAUCCUCAUCAGCCAGCAUGUCUCUGCCUUCAAAGAGUCGCAUCAAACGCCAGAGCAAGACCUUCACACAGGUGCUCUACCGCACUCUGAGUUAUCGGGAUCGGCGGUCAGUGACGGAGGAGCUGGUUGCCCCUGACGACCCUGCGGAGUUGUCCACGGCCACGGCGACGGCCCCAGGUGUGCUGAAGGUGUUUGGCGACGCGCUGACGCUCGGCGUGGGCACCAACUACAAGAGCGUGCUGGCCACGCCCACAUCCAGUGCCAUGGAGAUCGUCAAGGAGGCGCUCGAGCGCUAUGGCCUCGGCCGCCACAACGCCCACGGAUACGUGCUCUGCGACGUGAUUGGCCGGCUGGACGGGCCGGAGCGCCGAUGGAGGACGCAGUGCCUGCGGGCUCUUAGCAACAACGAGAAGCCCCUCCUCCUGCAGGACCUGUGGAAGCCCAAAGAAGGACACGCACGCCGCUUUGAGCUCCGCCUACGCACUGAAGUGGACGAACUGAGCAGCCGCGACAGAGAUACAGUGACCGCAGAUAUUAACGCUCAGGCUCGUAAGGUGCAGCGGAAUCGUGCCAAGGGGACGAUGACUCUCUCCCGCUCGUCGCUCUGUCGCUCCCUGUCUGAGACCAGCCUGACCAUGGGGGGCGGGGCUGGGGAGGGUGAGGAGCCAAAGCGCUAUUACUCCACCCUGCCUGGGCCAAUCAGGGCUCGGUCAGCACGCGACGGCACCCGUGAUGUCAUGAGGGGUGAGCAGAGGAAGGAAGGACGAGACGGAGGCGGGACUAGACACUCUCUCUACCAAUCACCUGAUGGAGGGGGCGGGGCUAGACACUCUCUCUACCAAUCGCCUCACCUCCUUCUGCUCCAAGGCUUCAACAGACAGGACUGUCUUGUGUAUCUGUUGAACAGAGAGCAGCACACGGUCGGCAUGGAGACGGCCUCUGUGCGUCCGAGCAUCUGUCUGUCCUCUCCGGACAUCCUGCCUCUCCACUGCCUCCUCCGUCGCCAUGGUAACCAGCGGCUGCUGGUGGAGCCCGUCGCCCACGGCAACGUGCAGGUGAACUUCUCGCGUGUGGAGCGGCCCACGGCGCUUCGCCAUGGCGACCUGAUCUCCUUCGGGGCCCACUACGUCUUCCUGUACAAGGAGCCCCUGGGGGCGGGGCCUCUGCCCACGCACACGUUGGCACGGUUACGGCUGCUGGGGUCAGGGGUCACGGAGGAGGGCGGAGUCUGCCGCAUGUGUGGCUCCGCCUUCAGAGAACGUCCACCCUCCAGGAAGGGUGUGGCCAAAACACACACCACGCCGACACACACACACACACACACACACACACGGCCGCCACGCAGGCCCCUACAGCUGGAGUUUGAGCCCGCCCACGAGGACGCGCUGCUGCAGCGAAUCACGACGCUCGUGGAGCCCAGCGGAGACGAGCACAAGCUAAGCCCCGCCUUCCUGCUCUGUCUCUGCAUUCAGCACUCGGCCAAUCAGCUCAGCCCUGGCAGCUACGCAGCCAAUCAGCUCAGCCCUGGCAGCUACGCAGCCAAUCAGUUUAGCCCUGGCAGCUACGCCACCCUGAUGCUGAAGAUCGCCCGCCGCAUACAGACCAUCGCCUGGGAGAAGACGAAAGAACUCGCCCAGAAGCAAGCUCAACAUCAGGACCCUGCCUCUCUCUCCCUGCUGAGUAUCUCAGAUCUGAGUCCUGAUCUGCAGUCCAUCUUCUUCUGGAUGUCCAACUCCAUCGAGCUGCUCUACUUCAUCCAGCAGAAAUCCCCCAAAUACACACAGUGUAUCGAGCAGCUAGAGACAGGUUCCAAGGAAUCCCUUCUUUCCGCCUCCAUCUCAGUCAGUGAGGAAGCCAUGAGUGUCCUCGAGGAAGUCAUCAUGUACACCUUCCAGCAGUGUGUUUACUACAUCACCAAGUCUCUCUAUGUAGUGCUGCCUGGGCUGCUGGACUGCAACCCUUUUGGUUGUGAGCGGAAUGUUGGUGGGGAAGGAGGCGUGGUUCCAGAGCCUGUGGGCGGAGUUCUGCAGGUGUUCCAAGUGACACAGGAACUGCUGGCUGUCUUCCUGGUUCAUCCAGACAUACAGAAGCAGAUGUACGCUUACCUGUUCUUCUUUUGCAACGUGUCUCUCUUCAACCAACUCAUGGAGAAGGGUCCAUCUCGGGGCUGGUUCCAGCGUUCUCGUGUUCUGCAGAUCCAGGCCUGUGUGCAGCUGGUUCUGGACUGGGCCAAAGGGGCGGGGCUUCAGUCACUAACAAACAAAUUCUUCAGGAAGAUCUCCAGUGUCCUCGCCAUACUAGCCACGCCCCCUCAACACCUUACACAGAUGAACUGGAGGACCCUCUCUCAGGAGUAUUCGUGUCUGAAACCAGUCCAGCUGCACAGGAUUCUGCUCCAUUAUCAACAGAAUACUGACAUCACCACUGUUCUGCACUGGACUCCAACCAAUGAGGAUGAGACCUAUGUCUGCAGAACAGUGGACCUGCUAGAGAGUUUUGAGAAUCAUCCUCCCAUUGUGCUACCGACUGCUGGGUUCCAUAUCGACUUGGAGGGAGAGAGCGUGGAGGAGCCCUUAUACAGACAGCUGCUCUACAUCAAGCACUUCCUGUGGGGACUCCGCCAGAGGGAGGUUCCCCCGGUCUCGUCCAGUCCUCGUCCAUCAGAGCAGGUUACCCAGGUAACCCAGCCCAGAGGGGAGGGAGAGGGGGAGGGGGAGGGCAGAGGAGGAGAAGGAGAAGAGAGAGGCAGAGGGGGAGAGGGAGAGGAGAGAGGGAGAGAUAAAGUCCAGAGGAAUGGGUUAGUCAUGAGGCAGGGAUCGCAGCUGACCUCUGACCCCUCCUGCCUCCUCACGCCGCCCCACACACCCCUCUACCCGGACGCAGGGCCCACCACACACACCGCUGUCUUCUCCAGCACACACACCUACACGCCACCUCAACAUGCCAGUCUCCACGAUGACGCACAAACAAACGGCCUCGCUGAAGGAAGUGAGAAGGGACACGUCUGCAUCACAGCCUCCAGAGCCAAUGGCAUCAUCACCAACGGUGUAGAAGGCUCCCUGGGUGGGUUCCCUUUCCCUGUUCCUGGUUGCCGUGGUAACAGCGUGUGUUCCGUGUUUGUAGUGGAGCUGGAGAAGGGACCUUACGGGCUUGGCAUGGGUCUGAUCGACGGCCUGCACACGGAGUUGAAGGCUCCAGGAAUCUAUGUGCGGACGUUAAUCCCAGACGGCCCUGCAGCUUCAGAUGGUCGCCUCCGAAUCGGAGAUCGCAUCCUAGCCGUUAACGGAGCCAGCCUUAUAGGAGCGGAUUACCAGAGUGCGGUGGAUCUCAUCCGACUGGGCGGUGGACGUCUGCGACUCCUCAUCGCUAAAUCUGAUGUGGAGAUUUCAGCCAAAAUCAGCGCCUCUUCCUGCUGACCUGCACAUAGACACACACACACAUGCAAAUACAGAGCGCAUGCACACAAACACAUACAAACAUGUACAGAUGAAAUCAUACAUGUAUAGACCACACACACACACACACAUGUAUAGACCACACACACAGUAUGUACAGACACAAACACACACACGCUCAGACCAAACACGUACACAUACACUCUUCCACACAUGCCUUAUGUUCAGGUUCCAGGCCUCUGACUUGUAGUUGCACUGACACACACACACACACACAAUAGAGAAAUGCACAGUGCCGUGAUAACGUGUUAUUUGUUUUGUAAAUAAAAUGAACCUCAAUGUGUGUAAAGGACACAUAUGUAGCCGUUUAAGGAGGCUUCAGCCAUUUCAUAGCAUUUCAGAGUGCACACCAGAAUACAAUGGAAUACUUAAACAAUCUCUUCAUAUCUCAUGCAUCAAUCUUAUCACACACACAAACACACAUCAUAGAUAUCAUCUGUAUCUUAUACUUCAUACCUCAUGCAUCAAUCUUGUUGCAAUCUUAACCCUAGGAAAUACUCCUAAUACUCCUAAUAUCCCUUACAGUCCCUAAUACUCCUAAUACCCCUUACAGACCCUAAUACCCCUUACAGACCCUUAAACCAUACUCACCCCUUACAGACCCUAAUACUCCUAAUACCCCUAAAACCCCCUAAUACCCCUUACAGACCCUUAAACAAUACUCUCCCCUUACACUGAAAUAAUAUUUUCCAUGUUCUUUAAACUAUUCUGACCCCUUGCUCUAAAACCAUACUGACUCCAUACUCCAUACUUACCCCUUUUUCUGAAACCAUACUUACUGCUUUUUCUUAAACCAUACUCUAAAACCAUACUUACCCCUUUUUCUGAAACCAUACUUUCGCCUUUUUCUGAACCAAUACUUACUCUAAAACCAUACUUACCCCUUUUUCUGAAACCAUAUUUACUGCUUUUUCUUAAACCAUACUUACCCCUUUUCCUGAAAUCAUACUUACCCCUUUUUCUUAAACCACACUUACUCCUUUUUCUUAAACAUACUAACUCCAUACUCUAAAACCAUACUUACCCCUUUUUCUGAAACCAUACUUACUGCUUUUUCUUAAACCAUACUGACUCCAUACUCUUAAACCAUACUUACCCCUUUUCCUAAAAUCAUACUUACCGUUUUUUUUUCUGAAAUCAUACUUGCUCCUUUUUCUUAAACCAUGUUUGCCCCUUUUUCUUCAAUCAUAUGUAUCCGUUUUUCUGAAACUAUACUUAAUUCUUAUUCUAACAACAUACUUAAUUCUUAUUCUAAACACUAAGCAAUGAUGGUGUAGUGCAGGUGCUUAACCCAAGUUGUACUCUUGAGCAAGGCACUUAACCCAAGUUGUACUCUUGAGUAAGGCACUUAACCCAAGUUGCUCUGUCCCUGUGAUUAAUUGACAUUUGUUAGUCACUUUGAACAAACCAUGCCACUCACAUCACAUCAAAAAGCACAAUCACGUAUUUGGACUCUUUGCUGUCCAUGCUCCUUUUCCAAUCAUAAUCUGCUCUCUCAUAAUCUGCUCUCUCAUAAAUCCAAACUAUCUCUAUUCUCAUCAUAUUCCUAUACUGUCAAGUCAAGAUGUCCAGAUUUUCAGAGUAAACAUUCAUCUGUCUUAGAGGGUCACACAUAUUCACACUUUUCAAAGUGAUUUCUCUUUCUACAAGGUUUUGAUGUAGAACUGGGGUGGAAUGUCAUAUCUGUCUUCCUGACAUUUUUAAACAAUGAUUGUUAAUAACUAAAAGAACUUCUGCAAGAAUGGC